CUUGGGCAAACGUGCAGUGGCUUCUUUCUUAAUCUUUGUCAAGGUCUUUUUAAAGUGAAAAGACGGGCUGUUGAAGUAGCCGUGCUACUGUGAGCUAGCAGCAAUGAUUGUGGAUUCCCAAGAUGUCAGACUGAUCAGGUAAAAGUAGCCUAUAGUUGGGGAGGGAAUUAUACCAUUUUGUGGGUCCUGUGAUCAGAGAGGAGCUUCUAGACCGGACUGUUGAAGUUCACAUGGCUGUUGACCACUUCACUCAACCAUCUCACACCUCGUUUCAGUUUGCUGUAUAAGUAUUUGGAAAUUUUGGAAAUUAAAAGAACUGAAGGUCUGGCCCUCAAUGCUGUUCCCAGUGAAACAGGAGCUGGCAAACAAAUAUCAUGUUUGCUUUUACAGUAUCAUAAAAGAGAUCAAGCAAGUUCUAUGAAAGGCUGACAAAACGUCCUCGGCCGUGGAAUCCACAGGCUGACGCACUGAGGAGGCACUAUGGCACCAAAGACAAUAUUAGACAAUGGGGGUCCGUCCUUCCUCUGUCAAAACACAAUGACCAGUACGUCUUCAUAAACCCAUUUUCUGGAAGGUGAGUCACUGGGAAGCCUUUUGGUUUUUAUCAAUGGUCUUUCAAACUUGUAAGACUCAUAAAGAUUCUCACACUGCAUUUAUGCUUACUGUACAGCCAUUCACACUAACAGUAUUGCCUCUUACAGCUCCAGGGGUUCCUCCAGGACAGUUGCCACUGCUGACUCCAUGCUUUGCCACGCCCACUGCAUUGCACAGAGCAGUUAGACUGUAUGCAUAGCAUCAAACAAAAACAAAAGCUUCCUGGAUACUUGCCUGCAAGCUACAUGCUACAGCAUUAGAAACAAUGCUCCGCCUGAUAACUCUACGCACAAAGAACCUGGCUCUUCUGUUUUCUCUCUCAUGUGAUGUCAAGUGCAAUUCAGAGUUGCGAGUUGAGGUUUUUUUUAACCUUUUGAAUCACGCUGAGGGGACAGGGGGUGAAGUGGCAUCUUGGCAAAGGUUAAAAGCCAAUCCCAAAGCUGAAGCAAAUGCCUUCCUCCAGCCCUGUAAAGACCAACCUCCUAUCACAUUGCCAUAUAUUUUGUGAUUGCUUGUUUUCACAUAGACAUAAAUAUUUGUUAUAUUCAGAUACAUAUUUUUUCAUUGUAUCUCAGCUAAUAAUUUAAAUAAGCUGUACCCAAUGUGGUAGAAAUAAUGCUGCUCAUUCUGAAAAAUGAGACGUGGAAAAAAAAAGAAAAAUUAUAAAUAAAUCCAAAGUGUGAAUGAUGGAAAUCCCCUGAUAUUUUAGAACAAGUAGACAUUUAUUCCGCUGACACAUGCACAAUACUCCCACUCAUGGCUUAUGAACACAGUUAUUUAUAUUGACUGUGUGUGUGUGUGUGUGUGUGUGAUGUCUUUUGGUUGCCUACUUGCACUCAGACCCGAGAAUUGCUGCUUGCAAUUGAUUAAUAUCCCAUUUUAUUUGUUAUAUUAAGUGUUUAUAUAUGCAUUCACAAAUAUGUAUGUACACUAUGGACUGUUGAAUGACCUCAUUUGUGUUGCUGGCAUUUGUUGUCCAAUUUUUUUUCCAUCAUAAGCCACAUAAUGGCAUUGCCAAGACACAUUGGGCUUAAUUAGAAUCUCUCCUUCUGAGAAACGAUCGCUUCGUAACUAGGUGAGUGAUACUGGCCAAUUCAGAUACAGACUGUUGUGUGAAUUCUUCUCAGUGCUGUGAGCAUGAGCUUUUGCUGGUGGCUUUUUCAUUACAUGUGGUUUGUAAAUGAGAGACUCUUUGGAAAUAACAAUUCCUCUGAAUAUAGCAGGAUGAAAUGCACAGGCGUUAAAAAUGCGUACAUUGUGAUAUGGACAUUCAUUCAGUUUGCACUGUGAAGGGAGCUAUUCAAAGCUAGCUUUUAGAUACUAACACUGCCCUCUGUUGCCUUAGAGAUGUCAGUAACAUUUGGAAGGUUGGAGGGAUAGUUAACUUUCUGGGUUUUAAAAAUAUAUUGUUUCAGAUUUAAUGUUUUUGAUUGGCCUAGACUGUUUUUAUGUGCCAUUAAGGGCAUUUUAAGUAUCACAGAAGUUUCUGAUGACCUGCCAGCUUUAAAUGGCUGGUAUAGGGGCAUUUGGAGCUUUGUCAUAUAAAGCAAAAAUACAGGUAACAGAAUACAGGUAACUCCACAGCAGCUUGUACAAUGACAUUAUUAAUUAAAUUUCUGUCAUAGAUGAAGAAGAUUAGUAACACAAAGUAUAGCUUCAUAUAUGCAGUUCAUUAAGACACAAUGAGAUAAAAUACACCCUAUUGAACACUGUGGGGGUAAUUAGUCCUCUGCGUUUGACCCAUCCUAGAUACUUAGGUGCAGUGGGCAGCCACAGUACAGUGCCUGGGGACCAACUUCUGUGCUAAGGCCAGUGCCUUCGUCAAGGGCAAUGGCAGAAGUAUACAUAACCUGAUGUCUUUUGGUGCGGGAGGAAACUGGAGUACCCGGAGGAGACCAACGCAAACACGAGGAGACCAUGCUAAUUCUAAUGUACUAGAUUAUGGUUGUGAUUAUUUGAUUGUUUGCUACUUCUGCAAUGGCUGUAUUGCAAAGUUACCUGUGCUAACAUUGCAUGUACACACACAAACACACUCACACAUACAUGCACAUACAUAUACACAUGCAUAUGCACAUAUUGUAUCCAUAAAUACAUAGACAUGGCUGUUUAUUUGAAUUAUUUUCUGUGGAAGUUUGAGAUUAUCAAAUUGCAGCAAGCCAUGGAAUCCUGUCACAUGUAGUAGUUGCGCAAUCUAAGACAUAGCUUCUCUAGACAGGUCAGUACAGCUGCGUUAUAAUGGGAUCCUGUGUCACAGCUGAGGUCACGUGUCACCAGGCUGAAAAGGGGACCGAAUCAAAGAAUGCUACCCAUAUGUGCAGCCAGAUUAGUCUGAGACUGCUGUCCACAUGCGCAGCCAGAUUAAUCUGAGACUGCUGUCCACAUGCGCAGCCAGAUUAAUCUGAGACUGCUGUCCACAUGCGCAGCCAGAUUAAUCUGAGACUGCUGUCCACAUGCGCAGCCAGAUUAAUCUGAGACUGCUGUCCACAUGCGCAGCCAGAUUAAUCUGAGACUGCUGUCCACAUGCGCAGCCAGAUUAAUCUGAGACUGUUGUCCACAUGCGCAGCCAGAUUAAUCUGAGACUGCUGUCCAUAUGCGCAGCCAGAUUAAUCAGAGACUGCUGUGCAUAUGCGCAGCUGGGGAAGAGAAGCAAUCUAUUGCACUGCUCCAAACAUUCUAACAGCUUUAUGAUUUCAGACUCUUCACCUACACACUUUAGGGCAUCUGCCAUUCUUUGCAAGAUCACAAUGUAUCUGGAUGCAUGAUGUGUUUUGAUAUACCUUGUCUCACAGACUGCCAAUUAUGGUGGCAAAAGGUCUGAGGAAUAGGAGACGUGGAAUCGGCAUCAUCUCCACGUUCAAUUCACAACUCCCAAGAAGCCAAACAUGAGGACUCUACUCCGUAAACUCUUUGCCACGUUCUUUCUCCUGUCCCUGGUCUGUGUCCUGCAGGUACAGAUGGCCCCUGUGCCAGACGAGUGGGGCACAGACCUGAUCUACCGCGCUAAGCGGUCCCUGCUGUGGCGCUGGAACACCCUGAGGCCCGUGGGUGCCAGCUGUCGGGAGCACUCGGAAUGUGGGACCAAGUACUGCAGGGAUCGAGCCUGCUCCUUCCGAGUGUUUGCAUCUUAAAUGAAAGAACCUCGACCCUUUCUGCUAGCCUUGCCUCCAGAAGAAGCAGCUUUUAAUUGAUCAAGCCAGAGAAGAGAUGCUACAGCUACAAUGAUCUUUGAUGGAUUUUAUAAGCAAAGGAAAACUAAAAAGUGGAAUUCUGCAGUUGGACAUCCUUCCAGACCAAUUUGCCUUUGUUUGCCACAGUAUUAUAUUAAACACAAAUGGGUUAAAAACAUCACAAGUACACAAGUUCCAUAAUCUAGAUGCUGAAAAUGAUAAUGUGUGACCCACCAGCACAAUGCUUGUUGAUUAAUGUACCAAAUUCCAGCCUGUAAUGUACUGUAGAGUGAAUUAAUUGUGGUCUAUAUCCGAAUAGUCCGCUUGUGUAAAAAUAUGCUUGAAGGGAAAUGUUUCUAUUCAUACACAUGUGCAUGUCAAAAAGUGAUGUCAGUUUUAUAGUUCAAAUACAUUUGGAAUCAUCAGCAGCUUUGUACAAAUCUGAAAGAGUGCUGACACAAACACCACUUUCACUGAGUUUAGAGGUCAUUCCUCUAAAUAAGGCGUUUCUAAAUGAGAAAACCAGAGCAGUUUCCUGUUUAUCAAAAAUCUUUGCACACACAGUAACUAGGGGAUGUACACUGUGUCAAUACAGCCUUUAUUUAUUUGUAAAUAUGUUAAGAGUUUGCAAUAAUUUGUAUACAGAAAAUGUAAAUAUUACAUGUUAAAAUAUUUUUUUUGUUUUUUUUAUUGUUACAAUGGUAGUGCACACGCUUGAAGAAGAAGGGAAAAAUACAUGAUUAUUAAACACCGUGCCACAGCUGAUAAAACAUGUACUGGUUUUGAAAGCAAUAAAACACUGGGUUGUUAUGUGAAACAGACUGGCAUGGGUCGAGACAGAAAAAUCUAAUGAUCUGCAGGGCAUAAAAGAGAAGUCACAAA